AUGAAACUCUUUCCUGUCCCUCAAGGACUGGCUAUCGCUGCGGUUGCACUGACCAGUGCAGCCUGGAGUGUAAGAGCCGCACCAGAGACAACAACUGGGAAUCCCCUAGCUACAUCCGACCAGCAGGAGCUUGAUGCUCGUGCAAUUCAGAUCUAUCAAGAUUACCCGUUCACGGUCCUCAAGGCUGAGGCCAAGGUAGCCUAUCAGACAGCUCACGGUAUUGUGAUUAGUGACGAGGCGGCUUCUAGCCUGGAUGCAGCCAUUGAGGAACUAGUCUUCAGCGCCGUUCAAAAGGCCGUGAACAACGAUCCAUACCACCCCAAGGUCUACUGGGUCGAUUCUGGCCCGCGUACUUGGUUCGGACUGGAUGUUCCCGGCGGACGAUAUUCUUACGAUAACCCCGACUGCAUCUACCGCACCAUUCCCAUCGACGACGACGUCGAUUAUGUUGUGACAGGCUACCGCCAUUCAGUCGGUCCCACCGACGUGAGCUUCUCAUUGAUUAGCGACCCCAAUUCCCAGAACACCGUGGGUUACUUGGCGGGCAGCGAUCUGAUAGUCGACAGUGAUGGGUCGUAUACCAUCACCAUCAAUAGCUCGGCUGCCGAUGGCCAGACAAACCACAUCCAAUCUACUUCCUCGGCCGUGCAACUGUUGAUUCGCAACAACCUAGGCGAUUGGGACUCCGAAACGCCGGACAACAUCACGGUGCAAGCCGUGAGUGACACCACCGGCCAUGAUGCCAUCACCAACGCGAAGAUUAUCUCCGAUGCGAUAUGGAAUCUACAGGAAUCCGUUGUGACUUACGGCGUUGGAGCGCUCGGGCUGAAGACGAUGAUAAACGCGGUGAACACACUCUCAGCCCCGAGUCAGUCCAGCUCCCUCGGCACUCUGACCAGCCAAGCGAGCUCCUUUGGCCAUUUCGACCUCACCGACGAGGAAGCCCUCGUGGCCACCCUCACCCCUGGCCCGGCGGAUUACUUUGUCUUUCCGGUGACAAAUCCCUGGAUGAUCACCGUUGAUCCCGGUAGUAGCCUGGUUAGUCUGAAUAGCAACCAGGCCGUCGCCAAUGCCAAUGGGACGUACACGUUUGUAGUGUCUCUGACGGAUCCUGGCGUCUAUAAUUGGGUUAACACGACCGGGCUCCACGAGGGUACUAUCAUGGUGCGCUGGCAAGGGCUAGACACCUCUUCGUCGUCUGGCGACUCCGUUACUAUUGAUGUCCAGGUGGUGGCACUGUCUGAGCUAGCCUCAAUUCUUCCAAAUGGGACCCGGUAUGUCUCGGCCGAGGAGCGGGCAGCACAGCUUAACCAGCGCGCUGCAGCUUAUUCCCAGAGGUUGGAGUUCUGA